CUGGUCCUCACAUUUUAAAUUCAGCUUUAGGAAUUUUGUUCAGGAACUGCAUCACACUACCCAAAAUCAAAAGACGAAAAUGCAUAAGCCAGAAUACCUACACAUUCGUUUAUUUAAACUUCAAAAUGUGACUGCAAAAGGAGCCAAGAACUUUACUACUCAACACAUUUCUUCUUUGUAGAAAUAACUGCUCAAGAAGAUAAAUUAUUACCUAACAGUUAAUUGAUGAAUAUGACAUCAGAGCAAGAGGGGCUAAUUAGAGAUUUUACUAGCUAGGGCUAUUUACCCAAACCAUCUAUCCAGAAUGUAGACAUAGAAUCACCAGGUGACUAGGAUCCUAGGGCAGCUGGUUCCUCUUUUUCCUUACCCUGCAUGUCAUUAAGGACGCAUUGCCAAAUGCUGCCCCUCUGGCCUGAUGACUACACUCCGUGUUGGUUACCUGCCUUCUUUUUCCUACAGUCUUUCUCCAGACAGGCACACCACACAACUGACUACACUUGGGCUCACUGCAUGAAUCACAUUCUUCUGUUCUGCCUCCCAGAGAUUCCAUCAAAGCACCGGCAGUGGCCUUCUGGAAGCUCCUCAAACUCUCCACUCACGUGUUUCCUGAAAGUGUAGUGUUUCUCACCUCUAGAUUGUUAUUCUCAUCAGUUACAUGUGAGUUUCACAAAUUUAUUUCUCAGAGUGCAGGUCUGUCUCUUACAUCCUUGGGAAACACUGCUUAAUAUCCCAAUUGGUAUUAACAACAAUUAAACUAGGGACUGGCCAAAAACAGUGCCUUUCCUCACUUUAAUCUCAGUAAAGUAGAUAAGCCUCGAGUUAUUUUGUUAUUGCAAUGGCACUGACAAAUGUUUGCACCAAAAACCAUGUUGAAGUUCAUUAAGGAAACUGUGAUCCAAGAUUCAAGGUCAAGAAGACAAAUUCAUCAAUUCAGCGCACCACCAAUUCACAGGCUAAGCAUCUUACUGCUAAUUCGUUGAUGCUGCCAUUUGUCAAGUGCCAAACUGAAUUACUGAUUUGUCAAUAAUUUCUUUCUGUUGGUUACUUAUAUAGUAUAUUGCAAUUCUUGUUGCUGAAGUCAGCUACCCUUUGUCUAUUCAAAAAAUAAUUUCUUGCAUUUGGGAUUUCAGGUAUAGCGAUUGUUACAAAUAUGAAGGACUGAAUUAACAGCAAGUUUUCAAGUAAAAUUUUACUUAUGUAUAACUGAAUGAGUUCUUGAAGACAUUUACUAACAAUUUUCCACAAACUAAAAAUUUAUAAAACAAUAAAUAAAAUAGACUUUUAAAAAAAUGUGUCACAUAGCUGCUUUUUGUUUGUUUGUUUGUUUGUUUGUGUGUUUGGUUGGUUUUUUUACUAGUGAAAUGGUGAAAAAUCAGACCAUGGUCACAGAGUUCCUGCUGCUGGGAUUUCUCCUGGACCCAAGGAUUCAGAUGCUCCUCUCUGGACUCUUGUCCCUGUUCUAUGUCUUCACCCUGCUGGGGAACGGGGCCAUCCUGGGGCUCAUCUCACUGGACUCCAGACUCCACACCCCCAUGUACUUCUUCCUGUCACACCUGGCUGUCGUCGACAUCGCCUAUGCUUGUAACACGGUGCCCCAGAUGCUGGUGAACCUCCUGCAUCCAGCCAAGCCCAUCUCCUUUGCUGGCUGCAUGAUGCAGACCUUUCUCUGUUUGACUUUUGGACAUAGCGAAUGUCUCCUGCUGGUGGCGAUGUCCUACGAUCGUUAUGUGGCCAUCUGCCACCCUCUCCGAUAUUCCAUCAUCGUGACCUGGAGAGUCUGCAUCACCCUGGCCAUCACUUCUUGGACAUGUGGCUUCCUCCUGGCUCUGGUCCAUGUGGUUCUCAUCCUAAGACUGCCCUUCUGUGGGCCUCAUGAAAUCAACCACUUCUUCUGUGAAAUCCUGUCUGUCCUCAGGCUGGCCUGUGCUGACACCUGGCUCAACCAGGUGGUCAUCUUUGCAGCCUGUGUGUUCUUCCUGGUGGGGCCGCUCUGCCUGGUUCUGGUCUCCUACUCGUGCAUUCUGGUGGCCAUCCUGAGGAUCCAGUCUGGGGAGGGCCACAGAAAGGCCUUCUCCACCUGCUUCUCCCACCUUUGUGUGGUGGGGCUCUUCUUUGGCAGUGCCAUCGUCAUGUACAUGGCCCCCAAGUCCCGCCAUCCUGAGGAGCAGCAAAAGAUCCUUUUUCUAUUUUACAGUUUUUUCAACCCAAUGCUGAACCCCCUGAUUUACAGCCUGAGGAACAUAGAGGUCAAGGGUGCCCUGAGAAGAGCAUUGUGCAAGGAAAGUCAUUCCUAACAGGGUGUGACAUUUGAACUGCCAGCCUCUGUUGUCACCUGCACUCUUGAUGCCCAAUUAUUGCAUCGAUCCAGAGAAGUUUAUUACUUUCUUUUUAUCUGUGCUUUACUGACACAAGGGCAAGCCUUUUCUCUUUUUUGCAGAUAAAAUUUUAGAUGUGUUGCAUUCAUUGGGUUUCUAUGAGAUGUGGUUUUAUCAGAUGAUUUUUUCUUUUAUUUCACAAUUACUUUAAUAUCUGUAAACUAAAAAAUUAUUUUAAUUCAUUUUCCCAGUCCCAAAAGUUAAAUGCAGGCCACUUACUUCUUUAUCCAAAUGAUACAGUUUGGCUCUGUGUCCCCACCCACAUCUCACGUCAAAUUGUAAUCCCUGUAAUCCCGACAUGUCAGGGGAGGGGCCUGGUGGGAGGUGACUGGAUCACGGGGAGGGAUUUCCCCCUUGCUGUUGUCCUGAUAGUGAAUGAGUUCUUACAAAAUCUGAUGGUUUAAAAGUGCAGCACUCCCCUCUUUGCUCUCUCUCUCUCUCUCUCUCCUGCUCUGCCAUGGUAAGACGUGCCUUGCUUCCCCUUUGGCUUCCACCAUGAUUGUAAGUUUCCUGAGGCCUCUCUAGCCAUGUGGAACUGUGAGUCAAUUAAACCUCUUUUCUUUA